GAAAGAUGUUAGCAAAUGAAUACAUAACCAAAGUUGCUUAACUCUUAAAAAUGACCAGCCAUUUCGAAAGUCAAGUAUGAGACCAUAAUACUUAUCAGUUAGAAGAAUAAAGAAUAAAAUUGAGUAUCACUCCCCAUUUCUAAGCCAGAACAAUCUAUAAUUUAUUGAUUACAAACUCAAAAGGAAUCAUGCGAUGUGACAUUAUCAAUUUGUUCAGGUAAAUGUGCAUUUCUAUUAAACUCAGAAAUUUUAUGCAAAACAUAAACGAAAGAGAAUUGGAUUGCUUAUUUUAAUUAUAUUCUUCUGAUAAUUAAACUAUCAAUUGGGAUGACUUUUAUCAAUUCAUAUGUCCUUUUGAUAUGUUUCUAGACACUAAAAUUCAUGACAAUACCAAUGAACAAAUUGUAUCAGACAUAUUACAAUAAUUGUAACGAUUAUUGAAGAUUGAAGUGAUGUACUUUAGAUAGGCUGAACCAAUAAGAAUGGUCUUAUUUGAAAAGUACAAAGAAAAUGGAAAACAAUUUUGUUAACUCUUGGAAGACAAUCAAAAGUUCUUAACCACUCAAAAGUAUAUUUUACAAUAACUAAAUUAGUUUAAUCAAAUUUAUGAACAAAUAAAAAUUUCAAUACAACAAUCAAGAUAUAUUUUGUUUGAAAAAAAGGAUUAAAUGUUCAGAAGAGAAUAUACCCUCUGAAACAUUCAUUAAAUAUUGUCCUCUCUUGCCAUUUAAAGUAAUGAUUAGUAAAUCACCAGAUUAUCGACUUAUCACAAUUAGAUAACCCUCUCCAGACAUAAUCAAAUCUACUGAAAUAUUAAAAUCAAAACCAAUUGAACAACAAAUCUUGCCAGAUAUCCCUUAGAUUAAUUUGGUACCACCGCCCUUUCAAGAAGAAGAAAUAUUAUAGUCAGCAGCCUCAGUACCAUAAUUUAGACAACUUAAGAAGGCAGAAAUGUCCAAUUAUGAAUUCUAUACUGGAAAAAAAGCAGAAGCCACUUUAACUUAAUCUAACUUCAGAUAGAAACAACCUGAAAAUCAGAAUUUCAAAAAUCAAAAUGAUUAUGACUUCAAGCUUACCAAAACCUAAUCACAUAAUUUCUUUGGCUUUAAAUAAUCAAUUCCAAAGGAUUUUGGACCCACACAUCGUCCAGAAGCCUCCAAAGAUAAUGAUUAACUCUUGGACAAAUAUCUAAGACCAUCUGCUUCAAGAAAAGGGGAAUUGCCUAAAUAACAAUUUUUUAAAGAAGAGCAGAACAAUAUGAAUUAAAAUAACUAAUCAGAAGAAGUUUAAUUUAUUCAAAAAAAUCAUAAGUUUGGAUAAGUACAGGAAACUCAAAACAAACCCCCUGAUGAUUUCCUAAAUGAACAUUUGCAUCCAAUAAAACCAAAACAAGAUUAGGUACUUGAUUCAGGUAACUUAACACAAACUAGAAAGUAUAAGAUAUUCGAUGAUAUACCCAAUAUUUAAUUGCAAUCCAAUGCGUUAUUUGAUUCGAAAUCUAAGUUAUUAGAUUCAGCUUUUGAUUCAGGAAAUUUAAAUUCACAAAAUUUACAAUAGGCUCAAAAGAAAUCGAAGAAGUAUGUUGCAGCUUCAAUGUCAUAAGAGGAAAAGUUACCAUAGUAUUGAUUAUGAAUAUUAAUAAUUUCAGAAUAUUUUUAAAUCUCCUUUCAAAAUAGGAAUUUAUAUUUUAAAUUAAAGUUACUAAUACUAAUAAAAAUGAAAGUGAUUACCAUUUUGUUUAUUUUGUUCCUUUCAAUUGAUUGUUAGAGCAGACUCAAAGAAAAGAUAGAUGAAAAUGAUGGUCUAUUACUAUUGGAUAGAAACAAUUACGAUUAUGCAAUAGCAAAAUAUCCAAAAUUAAUUGUUCUAUUUACUACUUAUGGUUGUAAUUUAUGGUAACAAAUAAAUUCUAUUUUAGCUUAAAGGUAAAAUCCACUUUCAUCGAAUUGGCCAAAAGAUUAAAAGAAUAUGAAGUAUAUGUGGCUGAAGUAAUAGCUUGCGAAAAUCGAGCACUUUCAAUUAGAAUGAAUAGUUAAUCAUAUCCAGCUGCCUAUAUGUAUAAUGAGGGUGAGAAAUCUGUAUUUCCUAAUGAUGAAGACUUGGAAUUAUUAUUCGAGUACGCAUUACAAAAUUAGUAUGGCUUAAUCACCUAAUUGAAUUUAUAAAAAGAAGUAUUUGAAGUGAUAUGACUAUUAGAUUGACUUAUUCAUCAAAAGGUCCAAUAUUGCAGUCUUAUCCUAUUACACUACUAAUGAGAUAGCUGAUAUUGCCAUCAGAAUGCCUUAAAUUAAAUUUGGCAUAAUUAAUCAAUAGAUAAACCCUAAACACCAUGAAGCCUUUAUAACCAAUAAGGCUUUGGCCAAAGAAAUAUAUUUUAAUGGAAAACUAGAAGAGUUUUAUGAUUUCAUUGAUAAAAAUGCGUACCCUUUGGUGUUUUCUUUGACUGAGGAAGAGUUUAAAAAAGCAGAAGCUGAAGAACUUCCAUUAAUUGGUAUGGUGUUGGAUCCCAAUCAAUUUAAUGACUUUAUAAAAAGCUAUUAUGAGAUAGUAGCAGCAGAAUUCAAGGGUAAGUUGAGAUUUGUGUUGAUUGAUACAAAAAAUGAAUUGACUGUUAGGAGGUUCUAAUAUUUUGUUGGUCAAUCAUUGGAAUACAAGAGAAUUUACUAUUAUAAUUUUUAUACAAAGUUUACAGUGAGCUUACCUUAUGAUGAAGGUUCGAUUCCUACAUUUAGAAAGAUAGUUGAAUAAGUAUAAAUAUAUUAGGAACCAUUUUGGGAAGGAGAUGGCUAUGUUCAUGAUUUGACUCCUUUAAACUAUUAGAUUUAGAUUAAUCAGAAUCCAAAUCACGUCAUCUUAUUUAAUGAUAUGAAUGCUUGCGAUUUAUGUUUUGGUUUUAAUGAUGCGUUUUCUGAUUUAUCAAUUAAGUAUCAACACAGAAACAAUUUGGUUUUUGCCAAGUAAAACAGAAGUAUAAAGCCAAUAAGGGAAAUAAUAGUUGAAGAAGUUCCUUCUGUUUAUAUCUAUUUGAAAUAGGAUGGCUUGGUGAAUUUGGUGAUAUACAAAGGAGAAUUGUCAACUGAGGCCAUAUCCUAAUACAUUGAAGAACAUAUUCCAUUUACUAAAUUUUAGUCAGGGUCUUUCCCUUAAACAUCUGGUAAUGAAAUAAAUAAUACUAAUUUCGAUUAAUUGAUAUUGAAUAAUGACAAACCAGUGCUUUUCUUAUUUUAUUCGCCAAAUAGCGAACACUCUAAAGCAGCUAACUUCUUAUUUGAAUAAUUAACUCCUCUUUUUUAAGAUAAAUUAAUAUUCUGCAGAACAGAUGCGACAAAGUAUUAAUUCUAAGGAUUUAAUAUGAAUUCUUAUCCUUCUAUAUUCUUUGUUAGUCCAAAAGGAAGAGAGAUUAUAAAAUACGAUUCAUAAUAGAGAUCAAUAGAAAAAUUAGUAGAAUUCAUCAAUGAACAAUUGAGAAUAAAAAAUAAUUAUGGAACUUUCAUCAAUAACGGAAAAGUAAUUGGUGUAACAUCAGAGUCAUUUCAGGACAUUGUAAUAAAGAGUAAGUAGCAUGUUCUAGUGAAAUUUUAUGCUCCUUGGUGUGGACAUUGCAAGAGUAUGGCUAAAGAGUAUGAAUAGCUGGCAGCAUUGUACAGAGGGAGUAAGGAUGUUUUGAUAGCAGAGAUGGAUUGGACUCAAGAGCAGGUUCCAACGGUAAGUAUUGGUGGAUUCCCAACUUUGAUUUUAUUCUAUAAGGAUGGAAACUCUGUGGAAUAAAUAAAAUAUAAUAAAUAAAGAUUAGCAAAUCAGAUGAAAUAAUUUAUUGACGAAUUAAUGAAUUAACAUGAUGAAUUAUGA